GAGUUGCGCAAGCAGGUCAUAACAUGGCAAUAUGAACAGGGACGUUCUAUUCGUGAAAUAAAGGACCUUUCAGGCUAUUCUCUCAGCACGAUAUACAAGGUUCUACGGGUCUACAAUAUGUAUGGAGAAGUUAUUGACCCAACGAACCGACCUCGAGGUUGCCCUUGCAAACUCGCCACGGAAGAUCUCGACUUCAUUCAAGGAUUGCUGUGGGAGAAUCCAGCAAUCUACCUGGAUGAAAUCCAGGAGGCUCUCGCUGACCAGAGAAGUCUGGAU